CUUGGCGGUACCAUGAUUAUAAUCAUUGGAGGCAUCAUCGUGGCCUCUGUCCUUGUCUUCAUCUUCAUCCUCCUAAUGAAGUACAAGCUGCACAGUAACCACUACAAACAGAAAGCAACAGCACGACAUGCCAACGUCUGCUCCCAGACCAACGGAGGGGGAGCUAACACACUCACUGUUCCUCCAUUCUUCUCCUCUGCAGGGCAGGGUGGAGGCGAUGGUAAAAACUCCCAACCUUCAUCAUCAACUGAAGGGAUGGGAGGAGUAUCCAUUCGAGGGACGACUGUAGUGGACUUAAAUCCCACCCGUGACGAAGACGCCAUCUCUCAAUAACAUAUGAAAUUGUUAAUCAAACCUUCAACUCACCAAUCAUUAAGCCCAAACCAAUACUCCAACUCCAUCUCCCUCCCUCCCUUUUUUAAACUAUUUGUUAAUGGUGCCUGAAAUCUAGUCUACUUCACGCUGAGGAGCAGCUCCUGUUUUUGGUAAGUAGCUGUGAAGCCAGUUUGUAAAAAGUCUGAAUUCAUUCUUUGUCAAAUAACUGUAAUAAUGCUUGUAUUAUAAAUUCAAUUUGGAUCAAU